AUGGUGCUUAACACAGCUUCAAACCACAAACCACACAGCUUCAAACUACACAGCUUCAAACCACACAGCUUCAAACCACACAGCUUCAAACCACACAACUUCAAGCCACACAGGACCUUGACCAAACACAGGACCACAACUUCAAACCACACAACCAGUCCAAACUACACAACCUUGACCAAACCACACAGCUUCAAACCACACAACUUCAAACCACACAGCUUCAAACCACACAGGACCAGUCCAGACCAAACCACACAGGACCACUUCAAACCACACAACUUCAAACCACACAGCUUCAAACCACACAGCUUCAAAAACCACACAGCUUCAAACCACACAAACUUCAAACCACACAACUUCAAACCACACAACAUCAAACCACACAGCUUCAAACCACACAGUUUCAAACUACACAGCUUCAAACCACACAGCUUCAAACCACACAACUUCAAACUACACAGCUUCAAACCACACAACUUCAAACCACACAGCUUCAAACCACACAGCUUCAAACCACACAGCUUCAAACCACACAACUUCAAACCACACAGCUUCAAACCACACAGCUUCAAACCACACAACUUCAAACCACACAACUUCAAACCACACAACUUCAAACCACACAACUUCAAACCACACAACUUCAAACCACACAACUUCAAACCACACAGCUUCAAACCACACAACAUCAAACUACACAACUUCAAACCACACAACUUCAAACUACACAGCUUCAAACCACACAGCUUCAAACCACACAACUUCAAACUAACCAGCUUCAAACCACACAGCUUCAAACCACACAGCUUCAAACUACACAGCUUCAAACCACACAGCUUCAAACUACACAACUUCAAACAAUAA